AGUAUCGACGCGUUCACGACGCGUGCUUUGGUCGCACCUACAUACAACUUGAUAUACGCCAUGUCCUCACACACAUACACAGUUAAUCCACACUUGCCUUGCCUGGCUCCUACGAUGCCGUCCACCUCCUACAUCUCCACCCUCCGCGCCUUCACGCGCUUCCUAGCCGCCUACAUCCAUACUCUCCUCUACCUACGCACACUCUACCCACGCGCCUCCUUCAUCCGUGCCCGCACCUACAAUGCCCCCGUCUACCAGUCCCGCCACCCACUCGUUUGCGAAUGGGUUCGCGAUGCCCUCACCGCUGUACACCAUCAGCUGCUUUCCGGAUCUGUCGCACGUAUUGCAAUCGUCGUCUAUCACUACGACCCCGCCACCACAAAGGGUGCCCGCACUGCCACCAUCAUGGAACGAUACAUGGUGGAUGUGAGCGCUUUCCCAUUCGUGGAUACCGAGGAGGAAAAUGUCGUCAUGGAGUGGAACUCCCCACACCCUCGCUCCUCUUCUAACGACGAAAACGACCGCGACCGCAACAAUGAUCAUGACGACCGCGAUGACAAUGAUCACGACAUUGAUAAUGGUCAUGAAGACGGCGGCAAUGGUAUCAACGGCAGUGACGAGGGACAUGAAGCUACAGAAGAGGAUGACAUCGACGGUAAUGACGAUAAUCAUGACGAUAAUCAUGACGAUAAUCAUGACGAUAAUCAUGACGAUAAUCAUGACGAUAAUCAUGACAGUAAUCACAAUGAGGACGACCAUGAAGACGGAGAUAGUGAUGAGGAUAAUGUUGCCGGCGGUGACCCCCACGCCCGCGAUGCAUCAGAAGAAGAUUUGGAUGGAUAUCAACAUGAUACCGGAGAUAUGCCAGAAGAACAAUUAUAUGUAGAUCUUACGGAGCAAUUUCGCUCUGCGCUCAUUGCUCUCACCACGCGCUGCGCCCAGCUGAGUCCUCUGCCACCGAAAUGCUCGUUCAACAUUAGUAUGGAAUUGAAAGACGAAGCGUAUGCACACCCUCCCCUUGCGCACCCGCAAUCUUGGGUCCCAGUGCCACCGAGCAUGCAGAACAAGACAUCGAACGAUAUUGCAGUCACUAGACAGGACCCUGGGCAUAAGAGUGUCCCUAAAAUCCUGCCCGUACGUACUGUGGAAGCCGGCGCGUUCCAGUUCGAAACGUGGAUCGAGGAAGGAAACGCAAGAUCCUGUGGCGGUCCGGGUAAAUCCAAAGCGUGA